AUGAGGAAAACGCUUCUUAUUGUUUACAUCCACGGCUUCAAGGGAGAUGAUGAUACGUUUGGAGAUUUCCCAGAGCACUUCCGUGCGCUGGUCGGUCGGUCGCUUCCGUCCGUGAAGGUCGCCACGGCUGUAUACCCCAAAUAUGAGACUCGGGGGGAUCUAAAAGAAUGCGUGAGCAUGUUUCGUGAAUGGCUCCAGAACAAGGUCAUCGAUCUGGAAGUCGAGAACCGAACUGCCUCUCCUACCGUCGAUCCGUCCGUUCAUGUCUUCCUAGUUGGUCACUCGAUGGGUGGCAUUGUCGCUGCCGAAACACUUCUUUUGGUUGCCUCGGAACAACCAAUCCCUCCCCAGCACACGGAUCCAGAAAUUCUGGUUGAUUCGGGCACCGCGGAUAAUUUACAUGCGAUAGAGCCGGGCUCGUUUAUGUUCCCCCAUAUCCAGGGAGUGCUUGCUUUCGAUACCCCAUUCCUAGGGAUUGCUCCCGGGGUUGUGUCGUACGGCGCCGAAGGACACUACCGAAACGCAGCGUCGGCGUAUAACACAAUAUCAGAAGUGGCGGGCAUAUUUGGGUUGGGAGGCGCCAGUGCUUCGGCGAAGGGAGCGGGUGCGAAUCAGCAAAAGCGAGGGAAAGAUGCCGGCCAUCCCUCCCCCUCUGGCGAUGCUGCAGCAACGCCGUCGUGGCAGCGAUGGUGUCGAUAUGCGAUGUUUGCAGGGGCUGCGGGCGCCGUGGCCGCGGGCGGGGCGGCUGCGAUGUAUUCCCAACGUGACCGUCUGACCGACGGAUGGGGUUGGGUGUCCUCCCAUCUUUCGUUUGUUGGGUGUCUGGCACGACCAUCCGAGUUGCGCCAGCGCCUGGUCCUCCUGUCCAAGGUGCACGAGGAUCGCGGGAUUGGGUGCACGAAUUUCUUUACAUGCUUGGGUCAAGGCGCAGGCUCGCUGGUCGAGAACCGCGACCAAGCCAAGACAUCUUUCAGCCAGAAGAUUAUUCGAUCCAAACAUCGCACGUUCUGCACCCUUCCGGCCGAACUUGAAGGGCAGGACCUGCCGUUCCUCCCGGCCCCAGGACUGGGAUGGGCCCGGGCUACGAAUGACAAGGCCGGAGAUGAAGUUAAGGCGCAUGUCACCAUGUUUCUACCGAAAGACAACCCGGCUUUCUACGACCUUGUCAACGAUGCAUGCAACGUGUUAGUUAAAUCCAUCGACAAGGGUUGGUACGCCGGCGCCACUACAACCCCAGUUGAAGAAAUGCCGCGGACCGAGAACGGCAGGUCUCAGACGAACCCUGACAGUGGGUUCAUGGAUGGAGACGACGUCGUGGUCGUGGAUUGA